AUGGCCACACCGCAGCUCAAAAGCUCGCCGGCCAUCCGCGUGCCUCCGCCGGACCCCGCGUCCAAACCGCACGCCAUGGAUCCCCUCACACUCAUGAUCAAUGAAUGUAACGUCAUGUUACUGGCCAUGCGUCGUAACAACCGCGCCAUGGGCGGAGUGGCGGCCAUUCUUGGGUCCAGCGAUGUGUUUGGCGGCAGCGAGCUGUUUGCCGACUUCGGCGCGUCGCUCCCGAUGUUUCUGCCGGGGCUAGCCUCGAAAAACGCACUCCACGCCAACGAUGCCAACGACACGGGGAAACUGCUUGAGCAGAGUUUUUUGCAGUUGCGCGCGAUCUUGUCCAAAAGCAAGGCCUUGCACGAGGUCGACCUGUUGACCCUCAUGCAGCCGUUCAUGUUAACUAUCGAAUCCAGUAGUACUAGUAGUAGUGUGACUGCGUUGGCACUUAACACCGUCUCGAAGGCGCUCCAGUACGAGAUUCUCUCGCGGAACGCGCCCAACUUCGCCACCACGCUUGUGCAGUUGACCACGUCGUUGACCCACUGCCGCUUCGAGGCGUCCGACCAGAAUACCGACGACCUGCUCUUGUUGAAGGUGUUGAGUCUCUUGGAGACCAUAGUCGUGAGUCCCGUUUCGGAGUUGUUGCCCAAUGCGGUCAUGUCGGAGGUCAUCCACACCUGUCUCUGUCUCGCCUGCAACAAGCGCCGAAGCGAGGUGCUCCGGAGGGCCUCCGAGAUGGCCAUGAUAGCCAUCACCGUGCGUGUGUUCCAGCGUGUUCGCGAGCUUGAACCGGAGAACUCCAACGGCGAGGAUCUUCCUUCCAAUUUCGCAGAAUUGAACUCAGAGGUCAUUGGUGGUGACGAUGACCACCACCUGGAGGAGUCUGGCCAGACAAUCGUAGAGGAGCACAAGAACUAUAAGACCGCCGCGCGCCGUGCUUCGGCCACAACCAUUGACAUGGCCCCUAAAUCGCCCCGUAAGCCAUCUUUAAGCGAGAAUUCCAAGCCCGUCGUGAACGAGCAGUUCGACAUCCAUUGUAUCAACGAGUUCCUAGGCUUCCUUAUCUCCAUGAUCUCUCCCUCUAACCAAUUCCAACAUAUGGAAUCCACCCGAGUGUUUGCCUUGUCUUUGAUCAACACUGCAUUGGAGGUCACUGGCGAUGUGAUUCCAGAACACCCCUCGUUGAUGGCUUUGGUGGCUGAUCCCGUUUCCAAAGAUGUCUUGCAAAUUAUCUCUUCCACAGACCUGCCUGCGCUCUUACAGGCUGCUCUUCGCCUCUUCUGCACAAUGUCCAUUAUUCUCAAGCCUUAUCUAAAACUGCAAAAUGAACUCACAUUCAACUUGCUCUUCACUUCCAUAUUGCCUGACAACGCCGCCACUGGCCAAAGAGCAGCUACCUCUGCCUCUCUGAAGGUAGCUCUUUCCAAGGAAACGAUCAUAGAACAUUUUUCAUACCUUUGGUUCAUAUCUCCGAGCUUUUUCACCGAGUUAUUUGUGGACUUUGACUGCGACUUCGAACGUUCAGAUUUGGCCUCCAAGUUCAUAGAUUUCUUGUGUACCCUUGCAUUGCCCGAGUCUGCAUCUCUUACCACCGAUAACGUUCCUCCAAUUUGUCUUGACGGAAUCCGCUCUUUUGUUGCUGGCGUUCACGAAAGAACCAAGUCAGUUGCUGACGAGUUUUCGCAGGAUAAGGGUCAUGAGCAAAUCAUCGCUAAUAAGCUCAGAAAGAAAGCAUUCAUCAAAUGCACAGAACUAUUCAAUAAAAAGGCAGCCCGUGGUGUCGAGGCUUUAUACAAAGAGUCCUUUUUGAAAGAUCCAACUGAUAAAAAAGAACUUGCCCAAUUCUUUUUUGAGAAAUCUACCAGAUUAAACAAGAAAGUGUUGGGUGUCUAUUUAUCUGAGCCUGCAAACAAGGAUCUUUUGAAAGAAUUCAUGCAUUUGUUCGAUUUUAGCGGUCUUCGUGUUGACGAGGGUCUCAGAAUCAUGCUCAAAGCGUUUAGGCUUCCUGGUGAAUCCCAGCAAAUUGAGCGUGUUGUCGAGACCUUUGCUGACGCCUUUGUUGCCUCGCAGAACUCGCUGGACGGGGGUGUUCUGCACCUGCAAGACGGACAAGAGCCUGUUGUUUUAGACAGUGGUGCCGUUUUCCUCUUGUCAUUUUCUAUCAUUAUGCUUAACACAGAUCUCCAUAAUCCUCAGAUCAAGAGGCACAUGGACCUCAAUGAUUAUGAGCGGAAUGUGUCGGGCGUGCAUUCGUUCCCAAGAUGGUACUUGGAAACUAUGUAUAACUCCAUUAGAGACCGCGAGAUUGUGAUGCCUGAAGAACAUCACGGCACUGAAAAGUGGUUUGAUGAUGUUUGGCACAAUUUAAUUUCCUCUCAGUCCAAGUACGCUCGUGACCAUAGUGCCUCCAACAUAGUGCUCAGUCGCCACGUCACUAGCCUUUUUGACAGACUACUUUUCGAGAGUGUUGCUGACAAGAUUCUAGAGAUGUUGUUAGAAGUUUUUAAGGGUGCAGAGGACGAAGUUAUUAUCACUCAAGUCAUGUCGAGUAUUGAUAAAUGCGCUCAGAUUUGUGCACAGUAUUCCAUGACAAAACAGUUGGACAGGCUCAUUGCUUCCCUUGCGGAACUCACUGGUCUUCUGAAGUCAACCAAAUCUGCUUCCAGUGAGCAGGACUUUUCUCUGGUGCAGAUGCCAACCACUCAAAUUAAGGUUGCUGGUGAAAGUGCACCAAUUACUGUAAGUAAAAUGUCUAUUCAGUUUGCUGCAAACUACAAAGCUCAGCUCUCAUUCCAUGUUCUUUUCACCUUGACUAAGUACCCCGGUACGACGGUAUCUUCGGCUUGGGACCCGAUUGUGAAGAUCAUUCUUACAUUGUAUGAGAACUGUCUUGUUGAACCCAACUUGUUUGGCGAAUUCCAAAAGCUGCUCAAAUUGCCACCUUUACGCAAGGUUAAGCCUCAAUAUGAACCAGCAUCUCCCAGAGUCAGCGAGGACUCUGGUUUCAUGUCCACCGUUUCUUCGUUCUUGAGAAGCUACUCAGACGUCCCAGAGCCAAGUAAAGAGGAGAUUGCUGAUAGUAAGCACACGAUGCAAAUUGUGAAGUUGGUUAAAGUUGCUAGCGUCUUUGAAUCCGUCUCUAAAAGAGAGUCUACUGAAAUGGAGAAUUUCGUAAACACCUUAUUGGCCAACUUGCCAGAGUACAAUGAAGGUUCUAGCCGGUACUACGAAUCAGAGGUUUUGUUCUUGUUUGAAGUUGCUGUGUGCUUUGCACUCAUUUCCAAUGGUCAGGAAGUUAUUAACAACGUCAUCGAAAGUCUUUUGCAACAUUCCAAGACCUCUGCCUUAACUAUGACUGGUAAAAUCAGACUAAUGACAUACUAUUUGCUUCUAGUCAGGCAAAGCGACAAGUUGCAGAAAGAGCAAGUGGAGGACUGUAUCAAGGAAUUGCUUAAAAUUGAUCCCAAGGUCUUGAGACAGCAGGGCUCACCACUUGUACUGCCUCUAAUCUCUUUGGCAGAUAACGAAUCUAGCCUUAGAAACUUGGUGGUUAGUCCAAUGUUCUGGGAGUUGUUGAAAGAACUUGGUGCAGAGAGCCAUAAUGCCGAGGAGGUGUUGACUUUCGUAUCCAGCAUUAUAGAGAAAUCUCCCACUGACAUCAACUCUGAUAAUUUCGUGGUGCUACUCGGCUUGUUGGACGAGUUUUCCUCGUUGGGAGCUAUUUAUGCCCAUUACGAACAGAAGAAAUUGACUGACGUUUCUGAGGAAGACAAGGAGCGGAUGCGCAACCUUGUCAGUGUAUCUAAAUUGUCCCUCACUUUGACUCAAAAGCUCGGCGCCUCGUAUCAUGAGCAAUUUGACACUUUGAUCCAGGCAUUUGCUCAUCAAUGUUUCAAUCCAUGCCGUGAGGUACGGAACUACGCUAUGCAGUUAUUCCGUACAACUCUCCUUUCUCAUGGUGCCAAUAAUCACGACUCUUCUCUGGUAGUCUUUGACUUUGGAUUGUUUCCUCUUUUAGCCGAGUUGGAGAAAGAGCUGGUAUUAGAUACUGACAAAGAGGGUUUCUCGGAGACACAACUGCAAGUUUUGAGCUUACUCAGCAAAUCGUUCCUCAUGUUUUAUGAUAAAUUGGAGAGAACCACAUCGGAGAAAAUUUGGAGUGGUAUGGUCAGAUCGUUCAGAGUCUUCGAUCAGAUAAACUCGCAGAAUCCUCGUUACAAAAUUUUUAGAGAGCAAAGCUCGGAGGACAUGAAGAACAUGAUUCUCGUUUUGCAGAACGAUUUCUUACAGCGCUCGAAUACCGAGCUUUGGAAUUCUACAUGGAAAGAGCUCGACGAGUUAUUCCCAGGUCUCCGAGAGGAAGUGACUCUUAAUAUUGUUGAUACGAAAGAAACCGGAAACACGUCCGUGGCCGUUUCCGAGCCAAUCCCGGAGCCCUUGGCGACGGCUCCAUCUAGUGCAGUUGAGACAGCAGUACCCGAAGCUAUUGCUGACUUAAAACUCGAAACAAGUGCUGCUCCUGUAUUAGAACCAAGAGGUGACUCUUUGCAAGAAAUGGCAUCUCCUGAAAUAGAUGAGGCCGUUUCAGCAGUUGGUGCUACAGAGGGUGUGCAAACUGUAUAA